CCCCAGGCGCGCGAUUUCAACAUGGCGGACAGCUUGAGGUUAGCUUAACUUCGUAAAGUGAAACGCGCUUGGCCAGAUUUCCACCUUUAUUUUUAUGAAAUGGAAAAGGGAGAAACUCUCUGCCUCGAUAAGCUUGAAAAAUCAUACAGGGAAGUUGAGAAGCAACUUAAUUUAUGGAAGGAUACCCAGCGUCACUCUAAUGAACUGAUUCAGUCGUUGACAAGUCCAAUGGAGCAACUUCGCUCUUGUGUGAAAACUUCUUUCGAACGUUCUCCUCUGUGCGAUUUUGAGGGGUUAAAGGAAAAACUUGAAUACAAGCUUUUGAAGCAAAUGGAGGGCAUCAUGGAAAAGAUUCAAGAUGAUCUGUAAGCUGUUUUUAUGCAGAUUUAAUUCUAAAUUGAUAGCACUGUCUGGUGCCCCUUGUGAUCGUUGAAUCUACAGUUUGUUGUGAGAAAACUUAUCCUGGACUUCUCGCUCCCUGUCGUUAGACUUUUCGCCCCAAUCCUGAGAAAAUUCGCCCUUAAUCUCUGGACGAAUUGCCCAGUUACAUAAGACUUAAUGAGUAUAUUUUGGAGUUACUUUUGUCAGAUUUAUCGUUAAUUAUAUUGUAAUUCAGGAUAAAAAGCUUUCAGCAAGUCAAUUAAAGCCAAAUUAACCAACUGGGCUCUUAUCAGUUACUCUCAACGUGGUUUCAUUGAGAAUAUUACCAGUCAGUCCUUGAUACUUUCACCGAUAGCUGCUCCAUUCAAUUUGUGCAAUCAAUUUAUGUUAGGAAAGCGGAUGAACUUUUAAACAGAACUAAACACAUUUUGAAAGACCUUUUCCUCCAUCUAUUAUGUUUAAAUGUACUCCAACAUCACUUGUUUGAAAAUUUGUUUUCCACAAGCAUUUAAAUCCUACAUGCUUUAAAGAUUUUCUGUUUCAACUCUCUGAAUUUCUUGUAGGAACAUAUUCAAGGGUGUGUCAGACAAGGUUGCAAAACUUUGUUCAAGCAGUUUGGAAGUUUACGAAGCUCAUUCCAGUAAGUGUCACACAGAAGGGUAGCCACAUCUUGCAACUUUUGGUAGAUAUUUGACAAACUCUUCUGACAAGUUUGCAUUUACAGUGUACGUACAUGAAUGGUGGGUUACUAGCAGUAUGCUUCAGUUCAGUGGUCCUCAUCUGUUCCAACAAUCCAUUGGUGACAUGAGUAUCAGGAAGUUUAGGUUUAAACCCUUCUCAAAUGAUUCCUUAAAUUGUGGAUAAGUUGUAAAGACCAUUUCUGCUCAUCAUUGUGUACUAGGUUAUUGAAAAACAUGUGUCUUUUGGAAUCUCUUUGAUUUUGAGCCCUUGUAUGUGGUAGCAUGAGAGGAUAUCAGGGUAGUGUAUCAUUAGUUAUUAAAUUCCAAUAACCAAAUUUUAAUCCAAAGCACUGUUGAAAAUGACACAUGUAUCUAGUCACUAUUUCAGGUAAGAUUACUGCUUGCUUAGUAAAUUUGUUUUCCCAUUUUUCCCAGCUUGAUUACACAGUAUAAUUUUUAAAACCAAACUGCCCCUGCAGUGUUGUUGAAAAAUUAUGAGUAACUUGCACAAACUCUAAUAUGUUUUGUAGGUUAUCUUUCCAUGUCUGUGGUUUGUGAAGGGACUGGUACUCAGCCUUCAAUUGCAGACCUACUUGAGGGGCUCUGUGACUUGAACAGAAUACACAGUGGAUUGUAUCCUUUUAACAUUUUAUUAUGACAUCAUGUGUUAUUUCCUGGUUGCACAAAGCAACCUUUGGUGAUUGGCACCAACUUUGAUCAGCUAUGUUGAAGAGGACUUGUUAUUUUUAAGUGUGUGUAAACCCUGUGAUUCACGUAGAAAUAAGCAUUUUUGUCUCAAAGAAUUAGGAUUAGCAUUCAUUCACUACCAUUCAGGUUGAUACUGAACCUCAAAAUGUGAUUGCUCAGACCAACACUGCAACUGAAAAAAGCCAGAGAAAUGCUUGUGUAAUCAUAAGAAAAGUUACCAAAAGUUACAUCCAUCUUAAAAUGAUGAAAAGUUAUUCAAGACACAAAGCAUUUUCUAGGAAAUUGAAUAUUUUUUAAGUUUAUCAUGCACACUGUCAUGAUGUUUGGAAAUUGAUAACUUUAUAAUGAUGUAAGUUGCAACUAAAUUGUUCAUUAAGCUAAAGUAAGAAAUCAGUAAGUAAGAAAAAGUAAAUAUGUUGGAUGUAAUAAUCUAUAUGAUAUUCUAAUAAAAGUAAUGUGGUCAGUCAGUUUUAACACUUGUACCCUUAAGAGUGACUAGCUUCUAAUUUCUCCCCACAAUGUCAUACCUGAAUCAAGCUAAGGUCAUGAGAAAAUAGGAAAUGAUCACCAACUAAAGAAGUUCUUGAUUGUUAAACAAAUUAUGGAGAAUUUGCAUACUGAUGUUAGGAGCAUAAAGGGUUAAAGUUGUCAGUUUUCUUGACUUGAGAAUGAAGAUAUCAUGACAAAAUUGACAUUUUGGGGAGAAUAACAUACACAGCACCAAUGGAAAUUGUGUACAAGGCGGUCAGGGAAUGGACAUCCACACAGGACAGGAAUGAUUACAAGAUAAGAGGUUAGAUACUGUUACUUAAUAGGAGUGGUGGAGACAUAUUCAAAACAGAGUAUUGAUUGCUGGGUGUGUAUAUGUACUUCUUACUAAGAAUUUUUAUCUUUACUUCACAUGCUCUUGUUUCAUUUUGCUUUGCUUUUGUAAAUUUGAACAUAAGUUUAGAAAUUUUUAGUGUGAUUAUUGUGCAAGAGCCUCUGCUAUCAAGAGCACAAGCAGCGAAAAUCACAUUUUGACAGCUCCCUUUGAUUCCACAGAAUCCCAGUUAUUAACAUUUUUGAUGUACAAUGUAACCUCUACAAUUAGCAGGAGCUUGUUGAUUUGCACAUAAUGCAUUUUCAGCCCAAUUUUAGUUACAUUUUCUAUGGUUCACACCAGCAUAAAGUCUUCACCUUCCACCCUCCAGGACCAAAGAUUUGUGUCAGUCAAAUAAGUUCAAGAUAAUUAUGUACGACUUCCAAAUUCAGACCUGUAUAUAGCUGAUUUCCCUCUUUUUGAACCCUAAAAUUGAUACUUACAGGGAACGUGUGAUGUUUGAUUUCCAUUACCAAUGGUGCAACAUGUCAGUCAAUCUUCUGUUCAUAAUUUGAAGUUGUACUCCUUCAACAACAUUUUCCAUUAAGGAUUAUACAAUACAAAAUCGUCACUUUGAAAAAUACUCAUGACUGUUUUUAUCUCUUGUUCAUCUCUUUUACGUCCAUAAUUAGAUAUCAUGGAGCCGGUGGCAGUAUUCCUUGCAAGUAGAAGUGGAAGCUAAAGAGUUGAGACAUCAAGGCCAACCUCACAUGUUGUGAGAGCGACUGUCUUUUGGGGAACGAUAUUCGCCUGAAACUGUACACGACACUGUACAACCAGACGUCAAAAAGUGUUACAAAUAGCCAUGUGUAACGAGCAACUCUCUUCGAGGAAUAAUCAAAAAAUAUUCAUUCUUCAUUUCUUUGGAACUUGUUACGGCAAUGAGCAGCACACGUCUUUUCGCGAACCGCUGAUAGUCAUCACGUUUACUAAAUAUAUGCAUAGAGGCCCAUGUGAAAAGCACAUUGGAAUUCUCUGUGAAAGACAAUACAAAAAAAUUAUUUUCAAACCAGCAAGUACAUUGCAAAUAGUUCAAACGCUGCAAUUCGACCGUAAUUCCAGGAAGGAUGCUAUCGUGCUAAAAGUUUUCAAAAAAUGCUCAUGUAACAACUAUCUUAUCAAUUGACAUUAAAACCUUUGUUUUGAGGUGGAGGUGACCAUAGAUUCAGCUUUACUGCUCCUGUAAGUAGCUAGCAAUAUAGUGUUU